AUGGACGGAGAGGAUGCACGAUACCGCCACGAAUAUCUGGCUCCAGGGCAAGGGGAUGAUCUUGGUACUGAUGUCGCAGUUCUUUGGAGCUUCCAUGAACUGCAUGACCAAGGAGCUGGAGCUGAAUGGGAGGAAUGGCGAGGGAUUCAAGCCGUUUCAGCGAGCUACCUGUACAUGUGGUAUGCGAAAGUGCCGCAGCCGUUUGGUAACCACUCCACUUUCCCUCUCCUUCUCUGCCGCGCGAUCAGUGGCUUCAUCGGCGUGUACGGGCUCUAUUAUUCUGUCCAGUAUCUGCCACUUUCCGAGGCGACUGUGUUGACCUUUCUCGCGCCAAUUCUAAGCUGCUAUGCUUGCUCCCAUUUCAUCCCCGGCGAGAUUUUCACCCGUAAGCAGCAGUUAGCUGGAUUCAUCUCGUUGAUAGGCGUCGUUUUGAUUGCACGGCCCUUUGCUUUCUUGCAGCCUGCCGCUGACGAUAAUGCGGAGUCUAUCGAAACAAAGAUGGAACAUCCUGGCGAAGCAGACCAAGGCCACCGCGUAAUGGCAGUGACUAUGGGAAUGAUAGGGGUCCUUGGUGCCUCGUCCGCAUAUGCAUCAAUCCGAAUGAUCGGACAGCGGUGCCACCCGCUGGUUUCGGUCACAUACUUUUCACUGGUCACGACAGUUGUUUCUGCCAUUGCAAUCGUGUUCCUUCCUUCAAUAUCCUUAGAACUGCCCGGGACGCCGUUGGAAUGGACUCUGCUCAUUCUGCUCGGUGUCUGCGGAUUUCUGCUACAGUUUCUUCUAACUGCCGGGCUAUCAUAUGUACCACCCCCACCGCGAGUUCGAAAUACGUCUGCGCUUCAUCAGCAUUUCAACGAAGCGGAUAAUGCUUCAAAGUCAGAAACAAUAAAACCCGCCCGCUCUUCAUCUGGAACAAAAGCUACCACCAUGCUCUACACCCAGAUGCUGUUUGCGCUGUUUUAUGAUGCUGCUGUCUGGGGGAGUACGUUGUCGGCUGUCAGUUGGAUCGGAUCCGCGUUGAUCCUCUCCAGUGCCUUCUAUGUGGCCACCGCGCGAGAUUCUCCAGCACCAGCACAUGCAUCCGAAAGUGAGGAGAACGCGGGGCAGAUUACACGCUAA